GUGAACUUGACACUGACUGGUUCGUUAGUUACUGGCAAAACAAUAACCAUUACUAAAGUUGUGCUCGGAACAAUGUACAGGUGAGGAGCUAAUGUUCUUGUUCCACAAACCUGCUAAAUAUUGUGAUAACCGUUAUCAACAGAUGGUAGACGGUGGGUGUUGUUCAGACAGUGACUCUGACUAUCCAUCUCCAUUAUGGUGCUGUGCAGCAGCAUGUUGGCUGUGGCAUUCCUCUUGUCUCAGGCUGGGGGGUUCCUGCACUCUUUGGAAGAGGAUGCCCUUCCUAAGGAGUGGGUGCUGCUUCACAUGGUGCAGGGCCACAUCGGGGCGGGCAACUACAGCUACCUUAGGCUCAACCACGAUGGCAAGAUCAUCCUGCACAUGCGCAGCCUCAAGGGUGAUGCAGACCUGUACGUCUCAGACAAAACUCUGCGGCCCAGCUUCGACACCUACAAGCUGCAGUCGGUCACCUGCGGCCAGGACGUGGUCGUAGUGCCUGGAGACUUUGGGAGGCCCGUGGGGAUUGGCAUUUAUGGCCACCCGUCGCACCAGGAGAGUGAGUUUGAGAUGAGGGUGUUUUACGAUCAGACUUCCCUCCAGGACCCGUUUGAUAAAAGGUCGUACCCCUCAGAGGAGGACCGGGGGAAGCAGAAAUACUCUCCAGCUCCAGAGGAUGACUUCCAGGAAGAGGAGUCCAUCUUCUGGACUAUUUUAAUUGGGAUUCUGAAGAUUAUACUUGAAAUUUUGUUCUAAUAAAUGUGUGCUGCUGCUCUCUGCCAUGUGCAUUUUUAGAAUGAGGACACUUGUGGUGUAGUCGAGCUGAGCGCAUGAUGUUAAUCUAUCUGAGCCCGGUUUCCCAAAAACAUUUUAAGGCUAAGUUCAUCUUAGACCAUAGGAUGCUUUUGGGGAAACCUGGCCCUGGCAUUGGUGAUCUGAACAUUGGACUGAAAUUAACCUGAAGAAGCGGAAAAGCAAAGGGAAUAUUAUUUUUUUAUUUUCGUAAUUCUAUUGAGUGAUUAUCUUUUGAUUAAUGACAAAGGCAAUGCCUCAAUAUGCUGCUUGUCAAUCAACCUCUUGGCUGAGGCUUACCUCUGGAAAAAAUGAUUUAAAUCAAACCACUAGUGUUUGCAUAUCUAUAUCAAUUAUGCCAUCUGAUUAAAUGACUGGGUUAUGGUGAAUGACCACUGCUCUCCAAGCCAAUACCAUGGCCUAACAAACAAUGAAGUUUAUCUGAUUGGUAGUGCCUCACUGGAUGGACUGAUAGCACUUCUUCAUGGAAGUCGUGCAAUGAGCCUGUUCACUUGAAGUCAUGUAGAGUUUAGCCAACCUGGGCCUGGUUUCCUGAUAGCAGAGACACUCAGGCUUACAAGUGUUUCAACAAUGUAUCUUUCCUACAACAGCCUAAGAUGUAACAUUUCAGUGAUAAUGCCAGUGAAGCUGGUGUUUGGAGGAUAUAUUGGCACGAAUGUCUCGGGCUGGCAAACAGUGCCAAUAUAUCCUCCAAACACUGGCUUUGAGGACAUUAUCACUUUUAUACAAUGGGUUACUAAACAUUUUGAAUUUAUUCAUACCAUUUCAUCCUUCCACAAGAUUAAUUCUAUCGGUUGCCAGAGACGCGACCUAGUCGUUCACUCUUUUUGUUCUGUAUCUAUGGACGCAACCCAGUUCUUUCUAAAAAGUUACCAUACUGAUUUCUUUCAGUUACCAUACUGACUGGCAACAUUAUUUUACCUCGCUUGCUAGCCAACUACGGCUAACUUAAACACGUCAAACAUUGCAGCCAGAAUAACAGCAAAGUAGCUGCAUUUGCGUUUGUUUAAGCUGUUUUCCAGAGACAUUUCUCGUCAGGACACUGUUCAGACGAAUUAGCCAACAACACAGCUAACACAAUCCCUUCAAACUGUAGCUCGAAAGACUGCAAACUAGCUGUGUUUCAUUUGACCUGUUUUCUGUUGACAUUUCAUUGUGUAUAUCCAUAAAAAUUAUGCCAUUUGAUUCAUGAUUUCGACUGGCUGAGAAAAUCUGUCUGCCUUUCUCGUCCCAACUCCCCGACACGUUCGUUAUUAUAGGACAGCUAGAAAUCGAAUUUCAAUUUUGAAACAAUGUUGGAAAUGUCGGAGACGGCAAGAUUUAGACAAAUCUCCGCUGUUGAAUAUCAAGUGCUUGUCGAAAAUAAAUGGGAGAUGGGCAUUUCAACGCCAUAGCUUUAGCCGGUGGUCAUUUUUGGAAUAGACACUGGCUGGAAUGCGGUUUUAACCAAUCAGCAUCUACGAUUAGACCCACCCGUUGUAUAAUUCCCAAAACACAAGGCAAGAGAGAACAUUCGCCAAGUGCGUCGUUGAGGCCUGUGUCGAUACUGACAGGAUCGGAAUAAUGGCAACGCUGCUCUCUGAUCAGCUUUCCGUUCAAAUCUUACUUUAACUAAUUAUUCCACGAUACUGACUAUGGAUCAGCUCAUAGAAAGAUCACAUGGCUAAAAUAUUAGGCAAAUCAAGAUUUGGCACAUCAUGAAAUGACAUAUUACAGACUGUAUCAUACAAGAAGCAAAAUAUAACUCAAUUUCUUGAACAUUAAACGUAUUUCAAUAUGAUUGAAAUAGGCCUAUAGCUUACUUACUCUAGGCUAUAUUUUAAUGCAGUCAUCUCUGUUUUAAUUUGAAGCGUGUUUUUAUACGUCGCUCAAGUCCAACGAUGGUUUUGUGAAACCGCUCAAAUGAUGCGCCUACAAAGGUUCUAACGAUGAACUUUGCCUUCAGAUGCUUUUGUGAAACCGGGCCCUGUUCAAUAGGUUCCAAAUGGGAACAAAUUACUUGGAGGCGGCAGGCACUACCUGAAACUUGCGUGUCCAUUUGAAAACGUUUGCUCCCAUGUGUGCCUAAUGAACAAGACCCAGGUCUAAAUUGGUGUCCUGGGUCUGAAUUAUGCAACAACUAAAUAUCAGUACACCAGUGAGCAGAGAUGUUCAACAGUGCCUUUUGAUCUGUCAUGUCUUGGGUGAAUGGCAAUGCAACAUCUCAUGCAAAUGGAGUCAUUUUAUAAGAUUUUCAAAUAAAGAUGUGAUUAUCUUUGCAAAAUA